UGUCGGGGUCCCCCCGGCAGUGGCGGUCCCCCCGGGGGCGGAGCGGCGCCGCCCGGCCCCCGCCGCUGCCCGGUGUCCGGUGUCCGGUUACCGCGGCCGCAGGAGCCGCCGUCCCGCGGAGCCGCGGCCCCCGCGCUGCCCACGCAGGUGUCACCGGCGGGUCCCCACCAUGGCGGAAGCUCACCAGGCCGUGGCCUUCCAGUUCACGGUCACCCCCGAGGGCUUGGGCUUCCAGCUGAGCCGCGAGGCCGUGCGCCAGCUCUACCUGGCCGCCGUCCACUCGUGGAAAAAGCGCUUGGUCCGCGCCAAGAACAGCUUCCUGACCGGCGUGUACCCUGCGUCGCCCUCCAGCUGGAUGGUGGUGGUGAUGGCCACGGCCGGCUCCUGCUACUGCCAGGUGGAUCCGUCCCUGGGGCUCAUCGCCCGCAUCCAGCACUGGCUGCCCCGCAGCGAGGCGCUGACGCCCCAGGCGCAGACCGUGGUCAGCACCGUGCUGUUCUCCACCGGGGCCUGGCUGGCGGCCGUGCUGCUCUUCCGGAGGCUGCUGCGCCUGAUGCUCUCCUACCACGGCUGGAUGUUCGAGCCCCACGGGCGCAUGAGCCGCACAACCCGCCUCUGGAUCGCGCUGAUGAAGAUCAUGUCCAUCCGCAAGCCCCUCCUGUACAGCUUCCAGAGCUCGCUGCCCAAGCUGCCGGUGCCCCCCGUGAAAGCCACCAUCGCCCGGUACCUGGAGUCGGUGCGGCCGCUCCUGGACGAUGACAAAUACCAGGAGAUGGCGGCGCUGGCCAAGGAGUUCCAGGAGAAGACGGCGCCGCGGCUGCAGCGCUACCUGCUCCUCAAGUCCUGGUGGACCACCAACUACGUCAGUGACUGGUGGGAGGAGUACAUUUACCUGCGCGGCCGCAGCCCCCUCAUGGUCAACAGCAACUACUACGCCAUGGAUUUCCUGUACGUGAUCCCCAGCCCCAUCCAGGCUGCGCGGGCGGCCAACGUGGUGCACUCGCUCAUCCUGUACCGGCGGCGGCUGGACCGGGGCGAGAUCCCCCCGGUGAGGGGCUCGGGGGGGGCUUGGGGGGUCCCGGUGCCGUGGGCCGAGGCGCGGGCGCGGUUCUUCAGCCGCGGCCCCAACAAGGCGGCGCUGGACGCCAUCGAGCGCGCCGCCUUCUUCAUGACCCUGGACGAGGAGGAGCACGGCCACGAGCCCGCGCGGCCCGGCUGCAUGGACGCGUACGCCAAGUCCCUGCUGCACGGCCGCUGCUACGACCGCUGGUUCGACAAGUCCUUCACGCUGGUGGUCUACAAGAACGGCAAGGUCGGGGCCAACGCCGAGCACUCGUGGGCCGACGCCCCCAUCGUGGGGCACCUCUGGGAGUUCAUGCUGGCCACGGACAAGUUCCAGCUGGGCUACACCGAGGGGGGGCACUGCAAGGGGGACCCCCGGCGGCAGCUGGCCCCCCCCCAGCGCCUGCAGUGGGACAUCCCCCCCGAGGGCGUGGCGGCCAUCGAGGCGUCGCUGCGCGUGGCGCGGGCGCUGGCCGAGGACGUGGACUUCUGCUGCUUCCAGUUCUCCACCUUCGGCAAGGGGCUCAUCAAGCGCUGCCGCACCAGCCCCGACGCCUUCAUCCAGAUCGCCCUGCAGCUGGCACACUUCCGCGACAAGGGCUCCUUCUGCCUGACCUACGAGGCGUCCAUGACGCGGCUGUUCCGCGAGGGCCGCACCGAGACCGUGCGCUCGUGCACGGCCGAGUCCACGGCCUUCGUGCGCAGCAUGGCCGACAGCCGGCGCAGCCGCUCGGAGCGGCAGCAGCUGUUCCGGGUGGCGGCCGAGAAGCACCAGCAGCUCUACCGGCUCGCCAUGACCGGCGCGGGCAUCGACCGCCACCUCUUCUGCCUGUACCUGAUGUCGCGGUACCUCGGCAUGCAGAGCCCCUUCCUGGCCAAGGUGCUGGCGGAGCCCUGGCGCCUCUCCACCAGCCAGACCCCGCAGCAGCAGCUCAAGAUGUUCGACUUCGAGAAAUUCCCCGACCACGUCUCCAGCGGCGGCGGCUUCGGCCCCGUGGCAGACGAUGGUUAUGGGGUGUCCUACAUCAUCGCCGGGGAGAACCUCAUCACCUUCCACGUGUCCAGCAAGUUCUCCAGCCCCGAGACGGACUCGCAGCGCUUCGGCCGCAACAUCCGCCAGGCCAUGCUGGACAUCGCGGCGCUCUUCGACAAGCCCCCCCCCGCCGGGAAGUGACCGGGGGGGCCGCGGGACCCCCGCGCUCUGGGGGGCCGGGGGGCGCGGCCCUGGCCCUGCUCCCAAUAAAGGCUCUCGGUGUGA